UUUCUUCCCCUAAUCCUCACCUGAGGAUGUGCUUACUGAUUUUAGAGAUAGGUGAAGGGGCGGGGUGGAGAAAGAAAAACCGAGAGGAACAUCCUUUGUUUGCCUCUCCUACGCACCCUGACCAGCACCCUGACCAGCGAUCAAACCCACAACCUAGGUAUGUUACGUUCCCUGAUCUGGAAUCGAAUCUACGACCUUUCAGUGUAUGGGAUGAUUGUCCAACGAACUGAGCCACACCAGCCAGGGCUAGGUAGUAAGCAUUAAUAAUGUCUUUCAUCUUUGAGUGGAUCUACAAUGGCUUCAGCAGUGUGCUCCAGUUCCUAGGACUCUACAAGAAAUCUGGAAAACUUGUAUUCUUGGGUUUGGAUAAUGCAGGCAAAACCACUCUUCUACACAUGCUCAAAGAUGACAGAUUGGGCCAACAUGUUCCAACAUUACAUCCGACAUCAGAAGAGCUGACAAUUGCUGGAAUGACUUUUACAACUUUUGAUCUUGGUGGGCACGAGCAAGCACGUCGGGUUUGGAAAAAUUAUCUCCCAGCAAUUAAUGGGAUCGUCUUUCUGGUGGACUGUGCAGAUCAUCCACGCCUCAUGGAAUCCAAAGCCGAACUUAAUGCUUUAAUGACUGACGAAACAAUAUCCAAUGUGCCAAUCCUUAUCUUGGGUAACAAAAUUGACAGAUCAGAUGCAAUCAGUGAAGAAAGACUCCGUGAAAUUUUUGGACUUUAUGGACAGACCACAGGAAAGGGAAAUGUGACUCUGAAGGAACUGAAUGCUCGCCCCAUGGAAGUGUUCAUGUGCAGUGUGCUCAAGAGGCAAGGCUAUGGUGAGGGCUUCCGCUGGCUCUCCCAGUACAUUGACUGAUGUUUGGACAGUGAAAAUAAAAGAGUUUUACUUCUCUGGACUGAUCCUAUUCACAGCUUCCUCAUGAACUUUUCUAAUAGAACAAGGAAAGCUCUCCACAACCAUGUCUGGCGUUGAGAAGCCAAGAGUCUCUGUCAGCUCUCUCAUCGCCCAGUGGUGACAUGUGCUCUUCUCCACACUGUCGGGAGGCAACGCUGCCCCACGCACUGGUGCAGGUCAGCAUCCCGGGACUUGGAAGCUGGCAGGAUUUGCCGGGUACAGCUGUGUGCCAUCAUGGGACACCUGAAAAGAAAAACACGUCUCACCACUGUGGUUGAUUUCAAAAGAAAGUGAUUCUAUUUUUUAAAGAAAGUGUUGUUAAUGUAAUUGGUUUCCCUUCUAACUUUUUGAGUUUGUAACUUACUUGGUCCAGAGUUUUCUAUUCCAUUUUUUUUUUUAAUCUAGUGAGUGGCAUAUAGAUACUUCAUAAAAUUAUGCACAGAUACAUGUUGGUGGCCAGAGCUCCGUCAAGUGAACCUCGUUCUGUUGAGUUAGCAGGUCAGUGAGAGAAAGCGCCCCUGUCUGUCUAACUGCCUUGGAGUAGGUGGCAGCACCUUGUGCACAGAGAACUAGGAAAGGGCAGAACCCUGGCCGUGCAGUUGCAGCCGGUUCCCACUGUGGCGAGCUAGGGUUAUUCCUCAUCAUGGAGUGGAUAGCAGGUCGUUGACUGCGGAAGAGUUAAUUAUAGAGUGGGUUAUUAUUAUUACUUAAAAAUUAACAAAUUUCAGCCAGUCUUUGCUUUUAAUUAACUGUUGGAAAUUUUAUUUCUCUUUGUAGCACCUUUUCCGUUAUCAGUUAUAAAAAGUGACUUUCGCCCCAUGAAAGAGUUGAGGGCAUCUCCUUUGUUGUCAUACAGUGAGGUGUGUCAGUUACUUUUGCACAGAUUUUAGGGAGGGGGGGGCAGUUUCUGAAUAGGAGAGUCAUAUAGGAUAAAGUUAACAGCUUAUAGGCUCUUAAGCUCUUAAUUCUGUGAUUUGAGAACUUAAAAAUGUGGUAUUGUAGAAUUUGGUUGAAUCUGGGAAAGAUUUACUCAGUAGACUUUAAAUUUUCCAGUUGCAGAAUUUGGUCUCUUUAUUGGACUGGUCUUCAGCUUGCUUGCUUUUUUCUUUUUUUUUGUCAGUUAUUAAUUUUUUUUGGUGUUUAAAAGUUAACAUCUGUAGCUUUUACAGACUUUUUUUGUAUGAAAUUUUCUUUCUCCAUUCCAGAAUUAAGCUGGGGAAACUCUAAUCCAAGAACUUCGUGUAGCGCUCUUGCUGUUGAGCCAGCAUCACUUACCUAUCAGUAAACAGUACAGAAGCCACCAUGUCCCCUCCGGUAGUGUGAUGAGGAUUAUUUUUGUAACUUUCCAUUUUCUUAAUGCCAUAUGUGAAAUUGGAUUUUCAUGAUCUUAACUGAUUUUCUACCCUUGCAGUAAACGGUGAUAGGAUCAGAGGUGGUCUUAAGGUGGGAGGAUGUCUUUGUUCACUUUUCCUUUAAUGACAAAUCAGAGGUAAUUUCCUCAAAAUUGAAAAUUGUGAUGAUGGUGCUUAUUUGUAGAGGAUUGAAUUCAGUGGAUUCUUGCUUAAAAUGUGAGGGAAGGGAAAGUGUGCAUAACAUAUUUUUGGAGUGAGAGAGUAUUGUUCUUUAGCUGGAUUUCUCAUUGUUAACAACAUCUUCAGUACUAGUAGGCAAGCGUAUUUUUUCACUGCUAUGUACCAAAUGCAGAGCUCAGUGGAGUAUAAGUCUGAAAUGAGCAUGACUUUCAUUUAUGAGCAAGCACAGCUGGAUUAAGAUAGUUGUUGGUUUGGAAAGGGGUUAAAGCCUUAAGUGAGCAAGUCUAUCUCACCGUGAAUUAGUUAACUUGCAUACCUUCAAUUGACUUUGGCUAAAGGUAACCCAUACUUCUCUAUCCAGAGACACAGGAAGUAUGAUUGCUUCAGUGUUAGUUUUCUCAUUUUUCUUCUUUUCCCUUUCCCUCUAAUCACUUUGUAGCAAGCUAGAAACCUAUGAAUUCUACGCAGAGUAGCUCUUUGUGAAAGUGGUUUAUUUUGGCCACUGGAGAAAGAGGGGAUUGAAAUGUCAAGUAGUCAAAUAGCACUAGUCUAUUUCUUGCCCCACAGAAAACACUGUUCCUAUAAUAACAGAGCAGAAAGAAACUGCGGUGAGGAGCUUGGCUCUUAACAGUGAGGUUCAGAGCUUUGUACAGGAACUCCCAUGAAUUGAGACUUUUCAUUCUGUUUUAUCAGAGUGCAUAUAUGUCCUAUUUCAGGAAGAGUAAACAGUCAUUUACAAAAGAAAGUCAGUGUGUAGCCUAAGCAUUUUAAUAAAAAGUUAAAAGAAA